AUGAAUUAAUUGUAUAAGCUAACACCUCAAGAGUUGGCAACAAGAAAAGAUAUCGUUGUGCUCAGCGAUAAGGGGUUGCGAUUCAGGGAAGAGAUUAAAUCUUAGGAUCAAUUUGAUUUGGAUGAUUUUCAUUUGCCUCAAAUCAAUCAGUAAAAAGAUAAACCAUAUACAAGAAGGUAAGUGCUCUAAGGAGAGAAACCAGUUGAAUUGCUUGUCGCUGAUUUGAAGAAAGAAUUGAACAUCAGUAGACCAUAUAUGGAGAAGGCCCUGGAGAAAAUGACAGUCAAGAUAACCUCAGAAAAACCGUCUGCAGCCAUAAACAACAAGUUACAAAAACUAUAUCAAGAAUUAGACAAACAUACCCGCUUGUUGGAAGCAAAGAAGGUGAAGUUUCAAAAGAAACCUAUCGAAUAAUAGAAGUAGGAUCAAACUUCGAUUUUGGAAGAAUCAGAAUUCCAAGACAAAGUGGCAUCUCUUAAUGCAUUGGAAGCCAGAAUUUGGAGAAUGCAACAGAACUAUUAAAAUGAAAUCAGAAUCAGGGAAGAUACCUUGAAAAAAGUUAAGCAAAACCUAAACGUGAUGAGAAUUUAAAAGGAAACUGAAAUCGAAUCGGUUCCAGUCCCUGUUUAGGUGGAGUAACUUUAACAAUCUCAAUAUCUGGACAGGAAAUAAGUCAGACUGAAGGACUAUUAGAAAUAUAAAUUUGAAAAAGGGUGGAAUAGACAACCUCCUCCAUCCUAUACUUCUAAGUAAGUUCUAAUCGAAGAGGAAAGAAAGAAACAACUUCAAUUAAUAAAAGAACAAUAGGAGUAUGAGUAAGAGUUGUUGAGAAGAAAUGGACAUUCAAACAUCCACAAUACAGCCAAUCAGGAGACUCAUGAAUAAUGA